CCGAUAAUACGCUCCUCACGCUCUUGCACGUCUCGCCGCAGAGGUAGGUCAGCCGAGUCCGUUCCGGUUCCCGGUCUGGUUGCACAGCCCUCUCGCAGCCCGAUUAGCCAGCACCCGCCUCGUACCUUGGGAUCUCGUCAUCAUACCUUGUUUCUUUCUGUCGCAAAUAAAAUUGCAGCCUGUUCAUUCUCUCACUUUUGCUAUUGUUCUCUUCCAAAUCACCUACCUCUUAUUCCUACGCCCGAUCUUCCGUCACGCCUUGCAAACAACAUACACCAUGGCAACUCAAGCCCACUGCGCAUACUGCUUUGAAAGCCUGGUUGCGAGCCUCGAGAAGCGGCCCGCUCUGAGCCUGGCGCAAACCGAAAUCAUGUGGAGAAGAUCAAACGCUGGGAUGGAAGAUGAGCCCGUUGAAGCAGCAGGCGCAUCGUUGAAGCCCGCUGCUAUAUCACGUAUCCUGGCCUCGCCAUCUUCAUCAAGCAGCUCCUCAAGCCUGCCGAGUGCGAGUUCUACGCCUAGUGGAGCUAGCAGCAGUGAAACAAACAGCAGCAUGACAAGCCAAAACAGCAGCACAACCAACCUAGAUGAUAAGGCGACAAGACAAGAGCAAGACUCAGACUAUGACGAGGAAGAAGAAGAAGAAGAACACCCUCUGUUCGUAACCUGGAACACCAUCUCGCCAGGAAGCCACGAAAGACGACUUCGCGGCUGCAUCGGCACUUUUGAGCCCCUCCCCCUCUCCACAGGCCUCUCCUCAUACGCCCUCACCUCUGCCUUUGACGACACACGCUUCCCACCCAUCAACAAGCAGGAACUCGCAUCCCUUGAGUGCGCAGUCACACUCCUCACGCACUUUGAGCCCGUUGACGACCCCAUGGACUGGGAGGUCGGCGUCCACGGUCUGCGCAUCAGUUUCACGGACAAGGGCCGCCGCUACGGCAGCACGUACUUGCCUGAUGUGGCGCGCGAGCAAGGGUGGACCAAGGAAGAAACGAUUGUUAGCCUGAUGCGCAAGGCGGGAUGGGGGGGCCGCAAGAGCGAGUGGAGGGCUGUCAAGAUCAAGGUCGUGAGGUAUCAAGGGAAGAAGGUUAGUCUUGCGUGGGAUGAGUGGAAGGCAUGGCGGGAUGAGGUCGAUGAGCAGAUGAAAUAUGCUCAUUGAUUGCGAUAACGAGGUUAGAGAGUUUAAUGCAGAGUAGUAUUUGGCUUCAUGAAC